AUGGUUAGGACCAGAGGAUUAGGUCAUGCCUUAGGUCACGUUACUGGAAGAGGUGUGGGCAGAGGAGAUCAUCAUGAUUCUGAUGAUGCUCCGCAGUGUCGACAGCCUAUCGCAUCCGCACAGAGGCAACGAGUACAUGUGACUGCGGGGCACGAUGAGUCAGUGGUCCCUGCACCAAAUGUAAAGGCUGACGUAUUUCCGAAUGACCCGAUGGCACUAGCUGAUGUAGAGGACACUAGGGCAGACAUUCCUGCAGACACAGGCACGCAGGCUGCUGAGGAUGAGCAUGAGGGAUUUCCGGGUUGUCCAAGCGACCCAUCCGUGCUGACCCAGUAUGCGGAUCAUGUUACUUGCAGCGUAUGGAUGGAAGAGGAGCGUCUUGAGUUGAAGUUAUCCUCUCACGGGAGGAAGGUCCAUAGUUUAGGCAGGCUUGUCCCUGCCAUUAAGGGACUAGUUGCUGGGACAGAACUAAGUCCUCUGAUCGCAUGUUCAGUAGACACUAGCGAUCGGGGACUUUUGUCCUUGUUUGUCGAGUGGUGGCACCGAGAGACGUCUAGUUUCCAUCUCCCUGUGGGAGAGCUGGCCAUUAUGCUGGACGACGUCUCCUUGCUUUUGCAUGUGCCCGUGGUUGGUGACUUGCACGCCUUUCAGCCCUUGCACGUGGAUGAUGCGGUUCAGAUGCUGGUGGACUUAUUGAUGGUCUCUGCAGAGGCUGCCAGGGCUGAGACAGGGCAGUGUCGUGGACCGUACGUAUGCCUGCAAUGGGUACAUGAUAUCUACGAGCGCCGAUGCCAGAGUGCAACCAAUGUUCAUGUUGUGUAUUUGGAGGCCCUUCGUGACCUCAGUCAGACCGGGAGGUACGCCUGGGGAGUGGCUGCACUGUGCUGGAUAUACGAGCACUUUCCCUCAGUCGCGGAGCCCACUGUUAAUCAGGACUACGACGAGGAUUCACCACAUUCCUGUAGGUGGAUUGUGAUGAAGAAGGCCAUGAAGAGCAUACGUACACCAGCGUACAGGGAGCGCCUGGACCGACUCCGGAUUCCGGAUGGGCCAGUUGUUGUGUAUUACCGACUAGAGAGGGUCGUGCGGCAAUUUGGAUACACCCAGACCAUUCCUGCUCCGCCUGUCAAUUCAUGGGUGUCAUAUGAUGAUAUACACGAUAGGUGGAUGCAUUACUCGGAUCAUAUGGUUCCAGCAGGUGAGGUGUGCGUUGUGCUAGGUCAGUGUGCCAGCGACUACAUGGAUUGGUUCUUCCACAUCUCGCAUACUUUCAUGACAUCAGGCCACGUAUCAGAUCCUCUGCUAGAUGUUCAUGCUCUGCAGCCCCAAGUCGUCCCUCAGGCCCUACAGACAGAUAUCUCUCACGUGCCAGAGCCAGGAGCACCGUCGACAUCUGCGAGGCCCGCUGUGGAGGAGCCUAGACAUGCAGUGGAAGUUUGCCAUGGGAUUGCUAAGAGGUUGGAGCGUCAUCUGAGCCUAGGGGUGGUCACGUCAGGCUCAUCGACACAUGAGGUGAUCGAAGAAUGCCUCAGGAUGGUCAGGAGUGUCACACAGGACCAAGUAGUAUAUGUUAGGUCUCGACGCAAGCGGCGCACGGAUCAGACAUAG